AUGAAGUUGUUCUUCGUCUUUUUGUUGCUUACUGUAGCUACCCGAGCCGAUCGUCGUGAUGGUCGUGAAUUCGAAGAGUACGGUACUAUUUUGUGUCCUGGUGCGUCAUCGUGCUUGGGGAAGAGGUGUAGCGUGAAGUUUGUGGUCGCACUCGCUGACGACGACUACAGGGACUUGUCUGAGUAAGUUUUAUUUUUUAGUUACUGUAGUUAAAAAAAGCUUUGGCUAUUGUAUUUUACAUUUAAUAGGUUGUUUAAUAAAUUCUAGCACUAAAUUCAAAAAUUUGUUUUGAGAGGGGGCUCAGAAUUAUUUGAACAACAGAUUAAACUAUGUUUUGAUUACAGAAACAGCUAUUCAAAUAACGCUUGCUUACUGUAACUUUUGCUAUUUCAGAAGCUGCAGCACCUUCAACAUAUGGCCGGACGGUCGUUAUCACAUCAGAUGCAAUGCCAAGUAUGACGAUUCCAAAGCCUUCUACCUCCAAUACAUUGGCCAUUGUCAUCCUCAAGGACAGCCAAGUGAAAGAGAGUACAAGAUCCCACCCUAUGCUCGAGAGUUCGUAUUCGCCGGCGACAUUGUUCUCAAGGAUCCUGAAUAA